GCGCUGCCGGUCCCUGGCUGCGGGGACGACCGGGCGGUGCCGCCCCUCGGCCCUUACCUAACGCGGGCAGGGCUGACCUUAUGUAAGGGCAGAGGCGGGGCCGGCACCGCUGUGGUGGAGGCAGCAGCGCCAUGUCCUGGUACCGCAACACCGUGUGGUUCGUGAAGGGGCUGCGGGAAUACACGAGGGGCGGCUACGAAUCUGCUUCCAAGCACUUCAAUCCAGCUGAUAUGGAGGUGGAUGUGUCUGGGAGAUCCUUCCUGGUCACCGGUGCAAACAGUGGCAUUGGCAAGGCCACAGCCAAGGAGAUAGCGAGGAGAGGUGGCACAGUUCAUCUGGUUUGCCGAAAUAAGGAACGGGCCGAGGUUGCCCAAGAAGAAAUAGUGACAGAAACGGGCAAUCAGAAUAUCUUCUUGCAUAUUGUGGAUAUAUCUAAUCCCAAGGAAGUAUGGAAGUUUGCUGAAAAAUUCAGAAAUGAACAUAAAUUAAAUGUGUUGAUCAACAAUGCAGGAUGUAUGGUGAAUAACAGAGAGUUAACUGAAGAUGGACUUGAAAAAAACUUUGCAACAAACACUUUGGGUACAUACAUCCUGACAACUGCCCUGCUGCCCCUCCUGGGAAAAGAAGCUGAUGCCAGAGUGAUAACUGUCUCUUCUGGGGGCAUGCUAGUUCAAAAAUUAAAUAUAUCUGACUUGCAGUCGGAAAAUGGGACAUUUGAUGGAACUAUGGUGUAUGCACAGAACAAGAGACAGCAAGUUGUCUUGACGGAACGGUGGGCAAAAGCUCACAGAAACAUCCAUUUCUCCGUAAUGCACCCCGGCUGGGCAGACACUCCAGCCGUGAGGUCGUCAAUGCCAGACUUCUACGAGAAGAUGAAGAACUCCCUGCGCACAGAGGCCCAGGGAGCUGACACUGUGGUAUGGUUGGCAGUAUCAGCUGAGGCAACCAAGUUACCGAGCGGCUUGUUCUUCCAAGACAGGCAGCCAGUCGCUACACACUUACCCCUGGCAAGCACCCACAGUCCACUGGAGGAUGAGGAGAAGCUAAUGGCAGUGCUGGAAGAGUUCUCCCAGAAUUUUAGAUCCAGUUCACCAGGAACUUAGUGUCACUCCUGACACAGUGUAAUGAUAAAGCUUCUAAUUAUACAGUAACACACCUGCUGUAGUACCCCUGCUGUUGAGGGGAAGUAGGAUGCCAUAGGCCUGUUAAAAAUGAAUUGGGUUCAGGUGUUCUCAUAAUGGGGGAGAAUGGUUCCUGUGUCAUUUUUUUCUGCUGCCGAGUCUGUCCUGCUGUGAAUAUGCACCUGCUGUCUCAAGACUCACUCAGGUUGUGUUCUUUGAAUUGGAAGAAAAAUUGGGAGGCAUUAAAAUAAAACCCAAGACUUUG